GCGAGGAGAAGGGCACUUUCCCCCUCCCCCUCCAUCUGAAGUCUUCCCUUGCACUUUCUCUCCCGCUCUUUCCCCCAAACAGUUGCGAGGAUGGCGAUGGCUGACUUGUUCGCCGGCGAGGAGAUCAAGAAGAUGUUGAGAGCCUUUGCGGCUACCAAUUCUUUUGACUACAAGAAAUUCUUUGAGAUGUUGGGAUUGAAAAAUAAAAGCCUCCAAGAACUGAAAAUGUUUUUUAGCAUUCUGGAUACAGAUAAAAAUGGUUAUCUUGAACCUGGUGAAAUACGGGUGAUGUUGCAGAUUUUUUCUCCCAAUAGCAGGCAUCUCACUGAAAAAGAAACCCAGGAAUUCAUGGGUGCUGGAGAUAAAGACCAGGAUGGCAAAAUAGGUAUUGAUGAAUUUAUUGUCCUGGUGAAUCAAUCAUAAAGGUUUGGAACCCUCCGAGUCCUUAUCUAUCAUUUACUACCUGAUUCCACUUGUUUGUAUGGGCCUCUUUAGUUCUCCACCUGUUCAUCUAUCUUGUUCUAUACUUCAACUGUCCGCUGCAGUCCUGUAACACUGUAAUUGUGCUGGAAAUGCUCUUAAAAUAAUAAAGGUCACAUCAAUCUGGA